AUGGAUGCUCUCUAUGGUGAAUCACUUGUCGUGGUUGGAGACAGGCUAAUAUGGAUGUAUUGUCAAAGACAUAGGGCUGUCACGAAGGUCUGCCACGCGUCUCGAUCUUUUGCCAGCUCCUUGACUCCAGACCAGGUCUGUCCGGCGCUGCGCAUUUCCUUCUUUAAAGCCCUCCUCCACGUUUCUGUAGGCCUUCCGUGUCUUCGCUGGCUUUGGGGGUUCCAAUCCAGACUCUGUCGUGUUAUGCUCAUUUCUAAGACUAUACCCCAGCCAUCUCCAUUUCCAAUGUUUAAUGAUCUGAUCUAUCAGGACUUGAUUAGCUCGCGACCAGAGCUCGGCAUUAGAGAUUGUUUCCGACCACCAUAUUCGCAAUAUAUUCCGAAGACUUCUAUUGACGAAUGUCUAUGGCUUCUUGGUCACCUGUUGGCUAAGUUUCCAAGUCUCGCAAGCAUAUAG